CUGUCUCGCGGUCCAUUAUACGUGUUCCGUCAGUUACGAGCCGAGCCAGUGCUUCCUCCUGCCUACGUGAUACGCCCUGUACAUACAGCGAGCCGGACCAAACCGCCGCCUCUCGUCACAACUCACAUCCCGGACGAGGUGACGUCGUGCUACUUACGAGGCGGACGUCCCACGGCCACACGUCUCCUACACACACGACACAAGGACACAGUACACAGGCCUCGCGAGGCCCACACACAACACUCAGCCGUGGGUUACCGCUCCGGGCCCGCGCCGUCGGCCUCAAAUAAACACCGAAAUUCGGCAGAAGCACCGAAUUUUGGUCGCGCAAAUCCACGGGAAGGCUCAUAA